CACGUUACCCCCUGGAAGACCAGCAGCUGUCAAAGCAAGCGAUGACCUGGAUGGACGUGUACUGGAGGUCCGUCUGCCAGACCCGUGAGACCCUCGUCGCCAUCAACGGCGAGUACCCCAACGAGGUGGAGUACAUCUUUGUGCCAUCCUGUGUCCUACUGACGCGCUGCUCGGGAUGCUGCAACGACGAGCAACUCCAGUGUGUCCCGACAGCCACCGACACCAUCCACAUGCAGAUUUUAAAAGUCAAACAUCAAACUUCGACUUUGGUAGAAAUGUCCUUUAUCCAGCACAGACAGUGUGAGUGCAGACCAAAGAAAGAUUUAAAAAAAGUCACAAUGAGGAAUCACUGCAGCCCCUGCUCGCACAGGAAGCGACACGGCUUUGAGCAGAACCCACAAACCUGCGAGUGCAAAUGCCGGCUCUCCCACCGCAAGUGCCGAGAGAAAGGGCAGGAACUGAACGAGCACACGUGCAGAUGCGAAAGGCUGAGGCGAUGAUCGGUGGCGGUGGGGAUGCCGUGAGCCAGCUCCUGCCUUGUCGGCCGCUGCGAUGCUGAGGGUGGGGAGAGAGGGGCAGGCACGAGUCGAGGAAAGCGCCGCUGUGCAGCCAAGUCCACGGAUCCUGGUCACUCGAUCAGCAAACAGUGCAAACUCCUCUCCCUCUCACCCAUCUCUCUGCCCACCUCCUCCCCGAUCUCUCUGCCCACCUCCUCCCCGAUCUC